UGCAGCAGCUGCAGUUCAUCUCAUGCUGCAGUCCGAGCAGACACUCUGAAGAGACGCGCCUUACAUCUGAAGCUUGUAUUUCCGUAAGAAGGACCUGUCCUCGCUGGUAUGAUGAACUGCUGUGGUCUGCUUACUGACAAGAAGGAACCAGUUCCUCUGAAGAGCAUUGAAGUUCAGCUGGAGGUGAAGGACCAUGUGGCUACAGUGGUCUCCACUCUGAACUACGAGAACAAGGAGGACAAACCACUAGAGGCUGUUUUUGUCUUCCCUCUGCCUGGAGAUGCUGCUGUGUGUCAUUUCAGUGCUCAGAUUGGACAGACACACAUUGUAGCUGAGGUGAAGGAGAAACAGCAGGCUCGGGAGGAGUAUGACGAUGCUCUGAGCUCCGGUCAGCAGGCCUUCCUGUUGGAGGAGAGUGACCAGAGUCCAGAUAUCUUCUCUCUGAGUGUGGGCAGCCUGCCUCCAGGAGAGAGCGCCUCCAUCAGGCUGGAGUACGUCACUGAGCUGGCUGUACAGGCUGAUGACGGGCUGAGGUUCUGUCUGCCUGCUGUGCUCAACCCUCGGUACCAGCCUCAGGGUAGUGAAGGUCCCAGUGUACAGGUGACCUCAGUUCCAGCCUCUCUGGUGCCCUACAGUCUGUCCUUCUCUGCCCGAGUGUCCUCUCCUCGUCCAAUCUCUAAAGUAGAGUCCAACUGUUCCCUGGAGCCUCUUCAGUACCUCAACGCUGAUCAAACUCAGGCCACGGUUAAGUUGGCUGCAGGACACAAGUUUGACAGAGACGUUGAACUGCUGAUUUAUUACAAAGAUGCCCACCAGCCCACUGCUGUGGUGGAGGCAGGACAGGCCUCUGCCAAACCUGGCUCUCUGAUGGGUGAUCCAGUGGUGAUGGUGAGCCUGUACCCUGAGUUCCCCCAAGAUGUGAUGUCCUCACUCGCCUCCUGUGGAGAGUUUGUGUUCUUGAUGGAUCGAUCAGGAAGUAUGGACUGUCCCAUGAAUGACAGCACACCGCAAGAAACUUGCAUUAGCAGUGCAAGGGACACUCUGCUGCUGCUGUUGAAGAGCCUACCAAUGGGCUGCUACUUCAACAUCUACAGCUUUGGAUCACAGUUUGAACACAUCUUUCCUACAAGUGUGAAGUACAGUGAGAAGACCAUGAAGGAGGCUCUGAAGAAGGUUGAAAAUAUGGAGGCUAAUCUUGGAGGAACAGAGAUUCUUCUGCCUCUCAAACACAUUUACAGCCAGCCCUGCAUUCCUAAACAGCCUCGACAGCUGUUUAUCUUCACUGAUGGAGAAGUGGGAAACACCAAAGAAGUUACUGAUCUUGUUAAGAUGAAUGCAGCCACCCACAGGUGUUUCUCUUUUGGGAUUGGAGAAGGAGCCAGCUCUGCUCUCAUCAACGGGAUGGCCAAAGAGGGAGGAGGUCACGCUCAGUUCAUCACCGGGACUGACAGGAUGCAACCAAAAGUGAUGCAGUCUCUGAGGUUUGCUCUGCAGCCAGCUGUGGAGGACAUUUCUGUCUCUUGGGAUUUACCAAAGGGAGUGUCCUCCACCAUUCUGUCUCCACCCAUUACAGCUAUGUUUCAGGGUCAGAGGUCACUGAUUUAUGCUCAACUCACUGGACAGUGUUCAAAGGCAACAGAUGGCUGUGUGACGGUGAAGUACAGACUGGCAGGUCAUCCCUCUCAGAACCAGCUGCACUUCAAUCUCAAACCUGCUGGUGACACUGGAUUAACAGUUCACAGGCUGGCUGCUCGCACUGUGAUUCGCUGCCUGGAGUCUGAAAGCACACACAGUGAACAGAAAGCUGGAGAAGUGAAGAAGAAGAAGGUGGUGGAGCUCAGUGUCCAAUCAGGAGUGAGCAGUUCUUUCACUGCCUUCAUUGCUGUCAACAAAGACGUCGGCAAAGCAGUUCAAGGACCUCUGGUACGGAGGAAUAUCCCAACACCUUUCUGUGGAAGGCCUCUAAUGCUUAGGGCUUGUCGUUCUUCAAAACAAAGACUUAAGAGUAGGGCUUAUUCUGCUCCAAUGCCGAUGGCUAUGAAUUGUUCUCCUCCAAUACUGAUGGGGAUGAUGGGUGGUUCUGCUCCAAAAAGCAUUAGUCCUGUGGUUAGACAUGAGGCAGCAUCCCCACCACCCCGCAAAGACCCUCUGCUGCAGCUGGUGUCCCUGCAGAAGGCGUCUGGCUGCUGGCUGCUUGAUGCACAUCUGGCUGCAGCGCUGGGAAAGGCCAGUAAGGAGGUGAAAAAGGCAAAGCCAGCAUCGGUCAACAGUGAAGUGUGGGCCUCCAUUCUGGCUCUGAUCUGGCUUCAUGGCUUUAAGAUGGAUGCAAAGGAGGAGUGGGAGCUCCUGACUCUGAAGGCUGCAUCCUGGAUCAAAGCUCAGAAUGCUCCAUGUGUGUCAGAGUGCGUUGAAGCUGGAAACACGCUGUUGGGCUGCAGCGUGAAGAAAGAAGAUCUGGGGCUCUGAGGUUUUCCAUGAAGAGACUUCAGCUUUACUUUGGAAGCACCUAAGUUUAGGAAGGAAAACUAUAAAGUUGUUGAUUGAUCAAGAUAAUAAGAUUUUGUCUGUCCUUAAAAACAAAUAUAAAGCAUUUGUUAGUGUAAUGGUACAUAGAUUUUACUAAACAUUUUCAGUACAGCCCUUUAGUUCAGCACUCACCUGUACCAAUUUAUUUGUGCAACUAAAAUGCUCAACAGUGUAGAAAACGGUGAAAAAAAAAAAAAAGAAAUUAGGCAUUUUUCAGCAGUAAGAAGGUACCUCAAUAUCUCUAGCUAUGCUGCACAUAAUUACUCACCUAAAAUGACUUCUACAUGAAUAUAAACAUGACAGCUAAAGUCUAAUUCUACCUGUUUGUUGCAGUCAACUGGCUCAAAAUGGUGCACAGCAAAUGGCAGACAGCAAUACAUCAAUGACAAAAUCCAACCACAUCUGCUGUCAGUUCUAUACCGGCCUUUCUUUCUCUAAAAUGACUAUUGCUAAUAAUUUUUAAGGUUUAUAGAGUAAAAUAAAUAAUUGGUUGUAUAUAGGUUUGUAUGUCGAUCCCAAGAUUUUUAUGCAGUGGAGUAGGUUUGGGACAAUCAAAGAUUUGAUCAAAGUUGGCAAGCCAGAACUGUUUAGUGAGAGUUUUGCUUUAAAUGGGACAGCAAUUGUUUGCUGAUGUUUUUCUUUUUAUAUGUGAUUUCCAUGUGGGAUCUUAUUCUAUCAUAACACCUAAGAAUUUUGGUUUGCGUUACUCUUUUGAUUUCCAAUCCAUCUGGAUUUGGUGAUACAUUGUUUUUCUCUCUGUCGUGAAAUAAUAUGGAAUUUGUCUUAUUAAGAUUGGGUGACAAUCUGCUCAUAUCAAACCAACUUUUUACUUUUUCCAUCUCAGAGUUUAGUACCUGCAUUACUUCUUGUAUAAAAUAAUGUUGUGCCAUAAGUGAAUAAUAUGCUGCAGAGUCAUUUUGACACAUUUGCAAGAUCGUUGCUAUCAAAAAAUAAACUUGGUUUUUCAGUUAA